UCCAAUAAAGGCUGGCCAGCAGAAUACCCACACCAAAGUCAGUACGGAGCACAACAAGGAAUGUCUCAUAAACAUUUCCAAGUACAAGUUUUCCCUGGUCAUCAGUGGUCUCACUAAUAUCUUAAAAAAUGUUAAUAACAUGAGAAUAUUUGGAGAAACUGCUGAAAAGAAUUUAUAUCUAUCUCAGCUGAUUAUCUUGGAUACACUGGAAAAAUGUCUGGCAGGGCAACCAAAGGAUACCAUGCGACUAGACGAGACUAUGCUGGUAAAACAGUUGCUGCCAGAAAUCUGCCACUUCAUCCACACUUACCGUGAAGGGAACCAGCAUGCAGCUGAACUACGAAAUUCUGCCUCUGGGGUUCUUUUUUCUCUUAGCUGCAAUAACUUUAAUGCUGUGUUCAGCCGCAUUUCCACCAGAUUACAGGAACUGACUGUUUGUUCAGAAGAUAAUGCUGAUGUUCAUGAUAUUGAACUUUUACAGUACAUCAGUGUGGAUUGUUCAAAACUAAAACGACUCUUGCAAGAGACUGUAUUCAAGUUUAAAGCCCUUAAGAAAGUAGCUCAGUUAGCAGUUAUCAACAGUGUUGAAAAGGCAUUUUGGAACUGGGUGGAAAACUAUCCUGAUGAAUUCACAAAGCUGUAUCAAACACCACAGACUGAUAUGGCUGAUUGUGCAGAGAAGUUGUUUGACUUAGUGGAUGGCUUUGCUGAAAGCACAAAACGUAAAGCAGCAGUUUGGCCACUGCAAAUCAUACUCCUGGUCCUGUGUCCAGAGAUAAUCCAAGAUAUAGCAAAGGAUGUGGUAGAAGAAACUAAAAUGAACAAGAAACUGUUCCUGGACAAUCUCAGGAAGGCACUUGCAGGCCACAGUGGGAGCAGACAGCUGACUGAAAGUGCUGCUAUUGCUUGUGUUAAACUGUGCAAAGCAUCUACCUACAUCAACUGGGAAGAUAAUUCUGUCAUUUUCCUACUAGUGCAGUCCAUGGUAGUAGAUCUUAAGAAUUUGCUGUUUAAUCCAAGCAAACCUUUUUCAAGAGGCAAUCAAAAUGCAGAUGUAGACCUUAUGAUUGACUGCUUAGUUUCCUGCUUCCGCAUAAACCCUCAUAAUAACCAACACUUUAAGAUCUGCUUGGCACAGAAUUCCCCAUCAACAUUUCAUUAUGUACUGGUAAAUUCGCUCCACCGAAUAAUCACAAAUUCUGCGUUGGACUGGUGGCCUAAGAUCGAUGCUGUGUACUGCCAUUCCAUGGAGCUUCGCAGCAUGUUCAGUGAGACACUUCAUAAAGCUAUUCAAGGCUGUGGAUCACAUCCAGCAGUUCGCAUGACUCCAAGUCUUACAUUUAAGGAGAAAAUGACAAGCCUUAAAUUUAAAGAAAAACCUACUGAUUUGGAAACCAGAAGCUACAAGUUCUUGCUGUUGUCCUUGGUAAAACUGAUCCAUGCUGAUCCAAAGCUUUUGCUGUGUAAUCCAAGGAAGCAAGGGCCUGAGACGCAAGGUAGCACGGCUGAAUUAAUUACAGGCCUUGUACAACUUGUUCCGCAAUCCAGCAUGCCAGAUAUAGCACAAGAAGCCAUGGAGGCCUUGCUAGUUCUUCACCAGUUAGACAGCAUUGACUUGUGGAAUCCUGAUGCACCUAUAGAAACAUUCUGGGAAAUUAGUUCACAAAUGCUUUUUUGUAUCUGCAAGAAACUAACUAGUCAUCAGAUGCUCAGCAGUACAGAAAUCCUCAAGUGGCUGCGAGAGAUUCUCAUCUGUAGGAAUAAAUUUCUUCUAAAAAACAAACAAUCGGAUAGGAGUUCCUGCCACUUUCUCUUCCUUUAUGAUGUCUCUGGAGGUGGAACUAGUCAAAUUUCUCUUGACCAUGAAGAGAUGAUACGCUGUGCUCCAGGAGCUACCCUCAGGAAAGGGAAAGGGAAUUCUUCCAUGGAAAGUACAGCAGGAUGCAGCGGAACACCGAUUUGUCGCCAAGCCCAAACAAAAUUGGAAGUCGCCUUAUACAUGUUUUUGUGGAGCCCGGAUAUUGAGGCAGUCCUUGUUGCAAUGUCCUGUUUCCGUCACCUCUGUGAGGAAGCAGAUAUCAGAUGUGGAGUAGAUGAAGUCUCAGUGCAUAAUUUUUUGCCAAACUACAAUACUUUCAUGGAGUUUGCAUCUGUUAGCAAUAUGAUGUCAACAGGAAGAGCAGCUCUUCAGAAAAGAGUGAUGGCGUUACUAAGACGCAUUGAACAUCCAACUGCAGGGAACACAGAGGCCUGGGAGGAUACACAUGCAAAAUGGGAACAAGCUACAAAACUAAUCCUUAACUAUCCAAAGACCAAAAUGGAAGAUGGGCAGGUUACUGAAAGUCUUCAUAAGACAAUUGUUAAGAGACGAAUGUCGCAUGUUAGUGGGGGAGGCUCCAUAGACUUGUCUGACACAGAUUCUCUUCAGGAGUGGAUCAACAUGACGGGGUUCUUAUGUGCCCUUGGAGGAGUGUGCCUACAGCAUCGUAGCAAUGCAGGAUUAGCAACCUACAGUCCACCUAUGGGCCCUGUCAAUGAGCGUAAGGGCUCCAUGAUAUCUAUGGUGUCCACUGAGGGAAAUGCAGAGACUCCUGUUAGCAAAUUCAUUGAUCGAUUAUUGACUCUGAUGGUCUGUAACCAUGAGAAAGUGGGACUUCAGAUACGGACUAAUAUUAAAGAUCUGGUGGGUUUGGAGUUGAGUCCAGCACUUUAUCCAAUGCUGUUUAACAAACUGAAGAAUACCAUCAGCAAAUUUUUUGAUUCUCAAGGACAGGUUUUGUUAACUGAGACCAACACACAAUUUGUAGAGCAAACCAUUGCUAUAAUGAAGAAUUUGCUUGACAAUCAUACAGAAGGGAGCUCAGAACAUCUUGGACAAGCUAGUAUUGAGACAAUGAUGCUAAAUCUGGUUAGGUAUGUGCGUGUGCUUGGAAAUUUGGUACAUGCAAUUCAAAUAAAAACUAAGCUGUGUCAGUUAGUAGAAGUAAUGAUGGAGAGGAGAGAUGACCUUUCCUUUUGCCAAGAAAUGAAAUUUAGGAACAAAAUGGUGGAAUAUUUGACAGACUGGGUUAUGGGAACAUCUAAUCAAGCAACAGAUGAGGAUGUGAAAUGCUUGACAAGAGAUUUGGACCAAGCGAGUAUGGAAGCAGUGGUCUCUCUUCUUGCUGGGCUUCCACUACAGCCUGAAGAAGGAGAUGGCGUUGAGCUGAUGGAAGCAAAAUCUCAGUUAUUUCUUAAAUAUUUCACGCUGUUUAUGAACCUUCUAAAUGACUGUAGUGAAGUUGAAGAUGAAAGUGCACAAACAGGUGGCAGGAAACGUGGAAUGUCUCGAAGACUGGCUUCGCUACGGCACUGCACUGUUCUUGCUAUGUCAAAUUUGCUCAAUGCGAAUGUGGACAGUGGUCUUAUGCACUCAAUAGGCUUGGGCUAUCAUAAAGACCUCCAAACAAGAGCUACGUUUAUGGAAGUCCUCACCAAAAUUCUGCAGCAGGGAACAGAAUUUGAUACGUUAGCAGAAACAGUGCUAGCAGAUCGGUUUGAGAGAUUGGUGGAGUUGGUUACAAUGAUGGGUGAUCAGGGGGAGCUUCCUAUUGCUAUGGCUUUAGCCAAUGUGGUGCCUUGUUCUCAGUGGGAUGAGCUAGCUCGUGUCCUGGUCACACUCUUUGAUUCCCGGCACUUGCUCUACCAGCUACUCUGGAAUAUGUUUUCAAAGGAAGUUGAACUAGCAGAUUCCAUGCAGACACUCUUCCGAGGAAACAGCUUAGCCAGUAAAAUAAUGACUUUCUGUUUUAAGGUAUAUGGUGCUACAUAUUUGCAGAAGCUUUUGGAACCUUUAUUAAGGACUGUGAUCACAUCCUCUGAAUGGCAGCAUGUUAGCUUUGAGGUGGAUCCAACAAGGCUGGAGCCUACAGAAAGCCUUGAAGAGAACCAGCGGAGUCUUUUGCAAAUGACAGAAAAAUUUUUUCAUGCAAUCAUUAAUUCUUCUUCGGAGUUCCCACCACAACUUCGCAGUGUGUGCCAUUGUUUAUACCAGGCAACUUGCCACUCUCUACUGAAUAAAGCUACCGUAAAAGAAAAAAAGGAAAACAAAAAAUCAGUUGUUAGUCAGCGAUUUCCUCAGAACAGCAUUGGAGCAGUUGGAAGUGCGAUGUUCCUUCGGUUCAUCAAUCCUGCGAUCGUCUCCCCUUACGAGGCAGGGAUUUUAGAUAAAAAGCCUCCACCAAGAAUUGAAAGGGGAUUGAAACUCAUGUCAAAGAUACUUCAGAGUAUUGCCAACCAUGUCCUGUUUACAAAAGAAGAACAUAUGCGGCCUUUCAAUGAUUUUGUAAAAAGCAAUUUUGAUGCAGCACGAAGGUUUUUCCUUGAUAUUGCAUCUGAUUGCCCAGCUAGCGACACUGUCAAUCACAGCCUGUCUUUCAUCAGUGAUGGCAAUGUACUUGCUUUGCACCGGUUGCUGUGGAACAAUCAGGAAAAAAUUGGCCAGUACCUUUCCAGCAACAGGGACCACAAGGCUGUUGGAAGACGACCUUUUGACAAGAUGGCUACUCUUCUUGCCUAUCUGGGUCCUCCUGAGCACAAACCUGUGGCAGAUACGCAUUGGUCCAGUUUAAAUCUCACUAGUUCCAAAUUUGAAGAAUUUAUGACAAGGCAUCAGGUACAUGAAAAAGAGGAGUUCAAAGCACUGAAAACAUUAAAUAUUUUCUACCAAGCUGGGACAUCAAAAGCUGGCAAUCCUGUUUUCUACUACAUUGCUCGGCGAUUCAAGACCGGUCAGAUCAACGGAGAUUUAUUGAUAUACCACGUACUGCUAACUCUGAAGCCAUACUAUGCAAAGCCAUAUGAAAUUGUAGUGGACCUCACACACGCUGGCCCCAGUAAUCGCUUUAAAACAGACUUUCUUUCUAAAUGGUUUGUAGUUUUUCCGGGCUUUGCUUAUGAAAAUGUCUCAGCAGUUUUUAUUUAUAACUGUAACUCGUGGGUCAGAGAAUACACCAAAUACCAUGAAAGGCUCUUGACAGGUUUGAAAGGAAGCAAAAGGCUUAUUUUCAUAGACUCUCCAGGGAAACUGGCAGAGCACAUCGAACAUGACCAGCAGAAACUCCCAGCAGCUACCUUGGCUUUGGAGGAGGACUUGAAAGUGUUUCACAAUGCUCUCAAACUGGCUCAUAAAGACACCAAAGUUUCUAUUAAAGUUGGGUCGACAGCUGUGCAGGUGACGUCAGCGGAACGAACAAGAGUCCUGGGACAAACAGUGUUUUUAAAUGAUAUAUACUAUGCCUCUGAAAUUGAGGAAAUAUGUCUUGUUGAUGAGAACCAGUUUACCUUAACCAUUGCCAAUCAAGGCACACCACUCACCUUCAUGCAUCAGGAGUGUGAAGCCAUCGUUAGGUCCAUCAUUCAUAUACGGACACGGUGGGAGCUGUCACAACCAGACUCCAUCCCACAGCAUACUAAAAUUCGUCCUAAGGAUGUCCCUGGAACACUACUGAACAUAGCACUGCUCAACCUGGGAAGCUCGGACCCCAGUUUGCGGUCUGCUGCCUAUAAUCUUCUAUGUGCCUUAACCUGUACCUUUAAUUUAAAGAUUGAGGGCCAGUUACUGGAAACUUCAGGUCUGUGUAUUCCUGCCAACAACACACUAUUUAUUGUAUCUAUUAGUAAGACUCUUGCAGCUAACGAACCACACCUUACCUUAGAGUUCUUGGAAGAGUGUAUUUCUGGAUUUAGCAAAUCUAGUAUUGAACUGAAACAUCUUUGUCUGGAGUAUAUGACUCCCUGGCUGUCCAAUCUGGUCCGAUUCUGUAAACACAAUGAUGAUGCUAAGCGCCAGCGAGUCACUGCUAUUCUUGAUAAGCUUAUAACAAUGACAAUAAAUGAAAAACAGAUGUAUCCUUCCAUUCAAGCUAAGAUAUGGGGAAGUCUUGGACAGAUAACAGAUCUCCUUGAUGUAGUGCUGGACAGUUUCAUCAAAACGAGUGCCACAGGGGGCUUAGGGUCUAUAAAAGCUGAGGUUAUGGCAGACACAGCUGUAGCGCUUGCUUCUGGAAAUGUAAAACUGGUUUCAAGCAAAGUGAUUGGAAGGAUGUGUAAAAUAAUUGACAAGACUUGUCUGUCUCCAACUCCUACACUGGAACAGCACCUGAUGUGGGAUGAUAUUGCUAUUCUAGCACGUUACAUGCUGAUGCUCUCCUUUAACAAUUCUCUGGAUGUGGCAGCACAUCUCCCCUACCUCUUUCAUGUAGUUACUUUAUUGGUGGCCACUGGUCCCCUUUCUCUCAGAGCUUCCACUCAUGGUCUCGUCAUCAACAUCAUUCAUUCUCUUUGCACUUGUUCACAGCUUCAUUUUAGUGAGGAGACCAAGCAAGUUUUAAGGCUGAGCUUGACGGAGUUCUCUCUGCCCAAAUUUUAUUUGCUGUUUGGAAUCAGCAAAGUGAAAUCAGCCGCGGUCAUAGCGUUCCGAUCCAGCUAUCGAGACAGGUCGUUUUCACCUGGUUCCUAUGAAAGGGAGACUUUCGCACUGACUUCGUUGGAAACUGUUACUGAAGCUUUGUUGGAGAUCAUGGAGGCUUGUAUGAGGGAUAUUCCAACAUGCAAGUGGCUGGACCAGUGGACUGAACUAGCUCAAAAGUUUGCAUUCCAAUAUAACCCAUCCCUGCAGCCAAGAGCACUUGUUGUCUUUGGCUGUAUAAGUAAACGUGUGUCUCAUGGACAAAUAAAACAAAUAAUCCGAAUUCUUAGCAAGGGACUUGAGAGCUGUUUAAAAGGCCCUGAUAAUUACAAUAGCCAAGUUCUAAUAGAAGCUACAGUUAUAGCACUCACCAAGCUGCAGCCUCUUCUUAAUAAGGACUCUCCUAUGCACAAGGCCCUCUUUUGGGUAGCUAUGGCAGUACUGCAGCUAGACGAAGUAAACUUGUACUCAGCAGGUACAGCACUACUUGAACAGAAUCUGCAUACCUUGGAUAGCCUUCGAGUAUUCAAUGAUAAGAGCCCAGAAGAGGUGUUUAUGGAGAUCAGGAGGCCACUCGAAUGGCACUGCAAGCAGAUGGAUCAUUUUGUUGGGCUAAAUUUCAACUCCAACUUUAACUUCGCACUAGUGGGACACCUCCUGAAAGGGUACAGGCAUCCUUCACCUACCACUGUAGCAAGAACAGUAAGGAUUUUACAUACACUACUAGCUCUGGUUAACAAACAUAGGAACUGUGACAAGUUUGAGGUGAACACCCAGAGUGUGGCUUACCUAGCAGCUUUGCUGACAGUAUCUGAGGAAGUUCGAAGUCGCUGCAGUCUAAAACAUAGGAAGUCUCUCUUAUUGACAGAUGUUUCAAUGGAAAAUGUUCCUAUGGAUACAUAUCCCAUACAUCACAGUGACACUAGCUAUAGGACACUAAAGGAAAAUCAACCAUGGUCAUCACCAAAGGGGUCAGACAGACAUCUGGCUGCCAGUUACCCGACAGUGGGACAGAUAAGCCCUCGAACACGAAAAUCCAUGAGUUUGGAUAUGGGGCAGCCUUCACAAGCGAACACUAAAAAGCUUCUAGGUACAAGGAAAAGUUUUGACCAUUUGAUAUCGGACACAAAGGCUCCUAAAAGGCAAGACAUGGAAUCUGGAAUCACAACGCCUCCCAAAAUGAGGAGAGUAGCCGAAAAUGAUUAUGAAAUGGAAACCCAGAGAAUAUCACCGCAGCAACACCCACAUCUUCGAAAAGUUUCUGUUUCUGAGUCGAAUGUCCUCCUAGAUGAAGAAGUUCUGACUGACCCAAAAAUUCAGGCACUGCUGCUUACAGUUCUUGCAACGUUAGUGAAGUACACUACUGAUGAGUUUGACCAGCGGAUUCUGUAUGAGUAUUUAGCAGAAGCCAGUGUUGUCUUCCCAAAGGUCUUUCCUGUUGUGCAUAAUUUAUUGGAUUCCAAGAUCAAUACCCUUUUAUCGCUGUGCCAGGAUCCAAAUUUGUUGAAUCCAAUUCAUGGGAUUGUUCAGAGUGUUGUCUACCAUGAAGAGUCUCCACCCCAAUACCAAACUUCUUAUCUACAGAGUUUUGGAUUUAAUGGGUUAUGGAGGUUUGCUGGCCCAUUUUCUAAGCAAACACAAAUCCCAGACUAUGCUGAGCUCAUAGUGAAGUUUCUUGAUGCCUUGAUUGACACGUAUUUGCCUGGAAUUGAUGAAGAAACCAGUGAAGAAUCUCUCCUGACACCCACAUCUCCAUAUCCUCCCGCAGUGCAGAGCCAACUUAGCAUUACUGCUAACCUUAACCUUUCCAAUUCCAUGACCUCGCUCGCAACUUCCCAGCACUCCCCAGGGAUCGACAAGGAGAACGUGGAGCUCUCGCCCACCGCCGGACACUCCAACAGUGGGAGGAUGCGCCACGGCUCCGCAAGCCAAGUGCAAAAGCAGCGAAGUGCUGGCAGUUUCAAACGUCACAGCAUCAAAAAGAUUGUGUGACUAUUUCUUUUUAGGUUUGGGGUUUUUUUUGGGAAACUGACUGACACACGCGGGCCUCUCGCAAAGGGCACUCCACCGGUUGUGAUGCUGCACUUAAUUUUUAAAGUUCCCAUCCUGUCAGCCGUGUUGCCAGAUGAUCAACUCUUGAAACAUUGCCUGAAUUUUAAUGCCUUCAUUUCUUUUCUUGUUUUUGAUUUAAGCCAGUGUUUCAGAACCGCUCCUACAGAUCCUGACGGACCUUGUAGCCGAAGGAGGUGUGGAGUUCUUUAACACUGCGGAACGGUCUCUUGUCCAAAUACGAAAGCCAUUUCCCAUAGACAGUUCUACCUUGCUUCUGUUACCUGCCUUGUUUGUUUCUUCUCUAAAGGAAAGUGUUAAUCCUUAAUCCUGUUUGCACACUUUUCAAGGUAGUGGCUUUAUGAGCCGGGGGAAGUUACUAUAAUCCUGGUUUUAAUUCAAACCUGUAAGAUUUUUAGCUGUGGACUUUUUUUUACCAUACUUAAAAGAACUUACGAUAGCUGCAGUACAAUGAGCUUAACCAGAAGUGGUGGGUUAGAUUAAAUUUAUAGUAAUUAGCAAUAAAUUUGAGAAGACAAGGAGGCUGCAUGAGUCUCUUUCAUUCCCCAGACCAUAGCUUCACAUACUUGGACUGUAUAUGGACCAGACUGGACAAACUGGCUUUUUUCCAAAGCAAAUUUUUUUUUGCUGUACUUUAACUGCACUAAAAAAGGUUGUAUAGUGGAAAGAAAAUCGUCGAGAACUGACUAUUAUGCUGUCAUGGGAGCAGCGUUGAAAAUCUAUUGGUUCUUUUUUCCAUUUAGCGUAUACUUUAGUUUUGCCCUUCCCAACAAUAUGCACCUUCGAGAAAUUCCUGGCAGAAUAACCAGUGGGGUAUGGAGGGGAAAAUUGAAUGAAUUAACUUCCAGCUCUGGGAGGUGGUGUUUGGCAAAGCUGCUUUUGUGCUGCCCAAGCAGUGAUAGAAAAACAGCAAUGUUUGCUUAAGGUACAUGAGUUGAACAUAACUGACACUGUGUCAAAUCCAGGUUACGUUUGAAUGUUUGCAGUGCAAUUCCUGGUAUCAGUACAGACACCUGCAGUCAAACCCGUCUUGCAGAACUUCCAAGGGGUUUCAGUUUGCAAGGGUUCGUACUUGGGGGUUACACAAAACUGAAGUUGCUGUCACUGUGAAAGACUUGUCAGCUACAGUCGUGCAUCCGCGAUGGACGACUGUGAGAACAUGCUGCUAUGUUGAUGACGUGUAAAGGUGCGGCGCUGGGUGCUGCCGAUGCUGCCUGCACGGACUGAAAACGUGCAGAGCGCUUGAUCUCGGAGGCGAGCAGAAGUUCUGACAAAAGGGCCUCUCAUCUGGGUGCUCACUGGAGGGCUGAGCAGGUCUCCUGCUGAAGAACAGUCAAACUUCCCAGGGGUUUCAGAUCCCUGUUGUAUGUUAGAAAUUAACAAUCUCUAAGUGGCUUUAAAGGAAAAAAAGUGUAUCCACUAUAUAAAAUGAAAUCCUCUAGUGCAAUUUUGUUAGUGGCUUUCAGUAAAUCAAACUCCACAGCUAAAUUAUUAGAGAAUGGUACAAGUAAGUGUUCAGAUUUUAUUGAUAUAGCACAUAAUUCACAUGUAUCCACACAGUAACAAUGUAACAUUUAUGUAAAUAAAAAUACCUUUAUUGUAUUGAUUCAUAAAAUAACAAUUUAAUUUCUUUAAUUUGUUUACAGUCCUGGAAAAACUAUGAACACAAACGUAAUAUGCAAAUAGUUUGCCAAAACAAGGGGAAAACUUAGAAUUCGCAGUCUUGAAAUAGAUACGUUGGAAAAUACGAAGACUCAUGGAAUUAACCAGUUUUUUUAAUUCUUGGUCGUGUAGGAGCUGCAGUAGAAAUGUGGUUACUGAGCUGAUGCAGAACUGUGAAAGGGAUCGUGAGGCUAGAACUGCAUGCAGGGGUAGAGCAGUGACUCGUGCCGUGUCCUGCGCCGCUACGCAUGCAACACGUUGGGAGUCACCGAUUUAAAAACCGUUCUCAUCUCAUACAUCAAAUUGCCAAUAGCCGCCUUCAGCAUCGCUGCCAGUUUGCACGUGGUUGUACUGAAUCAAGCGAAGUCCAGCCCUUUCCGUUUUGCUGAAGACAAUGAAUUGUGGAAGCCUGAGCAUUUGUAGUUAGGAGGAAAAAAGAAUCUCUUGUAAAGGUAAUUUGCUGUUAGAAAAAUACAGCUUUCAGUUGUUUCUCCUACGAGCAGAUUUUCUUUAAACAGAAAUAGUAAUUCCAGAUGAACUACCAAAUUGGUUUUGUUUGGAUUGGGUGCAUUUGAGAGCAGCUUUUUCAAUAUUUUGCAUUGCCUAUAUAAAAAAAAAAAGUGUCCCUCAAUUAGAAUUAAUGCAUUCUUUGAAAUACAUACAAUGCGAAAUCAAAAUGGACAGCAAUUAAAAUUACCUUUCAUCUGAGAACUAGAACUACUCCAGGCUCUCAGUCCCAGCUGAAAAAACCUGCUAUCUUCAUAAAGUAAGUCAACAAAAUUUAAUUUAUUCUAUUUCCUGGAAGGAGGGGGCAUCAUUUAAUGUUUUCACUGCAUGGUUCAGUGAGAGGACCUGAACUUUCUUAGAGCAGGGGUGUCAAACAUGUUAGGUCAUGGGGGCUGAAUUUGGGUGUAAUUACAGUCGAUGGCCAAAGUUUAAUUUGGAAUCACGUGUGCCCCGAUACACAGGAAAGUCAUCCCCCAGUACCAGUAGCUGGGAAGCUUGUGCUUAGAUCAAGGGGAAGACAUGGCCUUUCUUCAACGAUUAAACUUCUGUUAGUAAUGAGCUGUUCAGUGCCUUACUGUCACGUUCAUCACCUAGCCUGCUCCCUGUAACGGCCAUUGCUGCUGUUUUGCCUUUCUGUUUUCUUUCUCACAUCCUCCUUUAUUUGUUCUCUUCUCCCGUUUUGAAUAUUCUCCAUCCUGCUCCGUUUCGUUCCUGUGAGCACCACUCAGUUCCCAGCCCAGCCUGCUCCUGUUCUCUCCUCAUCCUGUUACUCUGUUUAUGCUCGUAGUGAUCAGCAGGUGGUUGCUGGUGACGAUGUGGGCUUGAAACUUGAUCUAGCGAGUGGGAGACAGAUCUAAGAGUUCCGACCUUCGCAUCGCUGUUUCAGGCAGCCUGCAGACGCGGGCAGUCACUGCUGCGUGGGCUACUGCAGCCGUGGAGUCUGCGCACUUUGAAAUGAAAACUUAGAUUCAGAAAAAUCUGGUUUUAACAUGCGGACCAUGUAACUACAUCGUGGGGACUGUAUGUUUGACACCCCUGUUUUAGAACACGUUAUCCAUUACGCACUAACUACAGUUAAGUACUGUAAAGAUGAUUAACAUUUUGUUUGUGUUUGUAUUUUCCCCGACUUAAAGAUAAUUCAGUAGUAUUUGAGUAGUGCAUAACCUACCUGUUAAUUAUGCCAAUGUUUCUGCUUUAAUGUGCAUGAGGUUUCCAAGAACAGGAAACAUUUCAAUUAAGUUUUGUGGACUGAGCACCUGGGAGCGUCCCGGUGCUCUAUUCCUAACUGGGUUGUAGGUUUUAGGGCUUUUUCUGUUUCAUUCUAAGGUUAAUUUUUUUCAAAUGUAAUGAAGCACGUCUUAUUGUUAUGCAACAAACUUACCACAGAAAGUCACUUUUCGUGUUGGUCCCACAAUUUUUUUUUAAUGCCGUAUAUUCACCUGUAAAUAGUUUUUGUGUAAAAUUUGACAGAAAAGUAUAUUUACUACACUGUAAAUACAUGUGACAAUAUAUUGUAUUAUUUUGCUUUUUUUUGUAAAGCAGUUAGUUGCUGUAUAUGUAUAACAUACAAAUUUGAUUAUUCUAGUGUUAGUAACUGUUAACUACUACUACUCCUUCCUGCUGUUACAUUACGUCAUUUAAAAAAAAAUGCUGUGUACUAUAAACUUACACUGUGUAUGAUAUCUUACUAUUUCCAUUUGGGCCUCAACUUUGAAAAUGUUUCCUUGAUCCACAAUCCUGUUCAUAUUGUAAGCAAGUGUGCGACAGCUGGCAAGAGCCCGCCUGAUUCAAAUGCAGUUGGUAACUGUAGGUAAAAAUGGUAGAAACCUGGUUUCAGAUAAUUGUUGUUCACCCCGUUUUCCCCUCAUGUAUGUACUUUACCUUUUUUUUUUUUUUGAAGUAAAAUGUAAAUUCAACCUGCUUCAAGUUGUUUGAAGGUCAUUCACUUGUGCUGCGGGACGAAGUUGGUGUAUUCUGAAAUCCUUUUUCUGUUUCUUGUGGCAGUGAGGUUUGGAUGGGUCCUUUGGGUCUGACCCAAGGGCCUCAGUGCAGCAGGCGCUGGAUCCAGCCCUAGUCCCAGACCUGAAAACCCACUUUCUCUGGGGAAAAUUAGAAUCCAGUUGAAAUCCAGUGUCUUGGAUUUGUCUUUCCAGAAUGGUGCUUCUCUGUGUGUGUGAUCUUGCACAGUUCUAAAUAAUGGCAAAACUGAUUGCCUGCGGGUAACUGAGGACAGAAUUUGGACAGAAUAAAGCCCAUGGUCAUGAAUUUCAUGUCACUUCAAUAAUAUUAUCAUAAUUGAAUAAUAAAUCAGAAUAUUUCUUUUUAAAAUGUAAAUUUAAUAUUUUAAUAAAACAGCUGCUUGGUCUUUAAAGAACAUUUCAGUAUAAUUUGUCUAUUUGAGCUUUUCUAGCUUAGAAGCUUGAAGUUUCAACUGUCAGGCAACUUUUAUGACAAAUGGUUAAUCAAAUCUAUUUUUCUUUUAGGGGAAUAUAUUACUUUCCUAUUAAAAAUGUAUAAGUACUUAUAUUCUGGCUUUGUGAAUCGUAAAAGGAUGUAAAAACACAUUAAAGCGUGACUGCAUUG